UUUAGAGGAAAAUCUGGCUGCACUUUGUCAUAUCAGACAUUUCUAGAACAAGAUGACGAAGUUCACUAUCCUCGCUGCCAUCUUCGCAGCAGUACUUGCCAAAUCCUCCGCCACAGACUUCAAUCCCCCGAAAGAAUGUCCCUGCUACACAGCAACGGCGUACGAGACUAACAAUGGAUGUCCUGCGUUCUCGAAGCCAUGUAUUGUUCCCAUGUGUAUGCUGCUCAGCACAUCAACCAUCCCCGGCCCCAACACAGCGUGCAAAAAAACCCCGACAGUAACAUCCUACCUUCCCUGCCAAACCGCCUGCCAAAAAGGUUGUGCAACCCACACAACCACCGAAACGGCAUCAACCUCCUGCCUCGCCCUCACCACCCCUCCCCCACCCUCCUCUCUCAAAUCCUGCUACACCAAGACCGUUACAGCCUCGAAAAAGUGCCCGGCUGAGGAUGCGUUGAAUUGUAUUGUUCCAGAUUGCAUUAUGUUGUUGACAACAACGGUUCCGGGGCCGGCUAAGGAGUGUACAGCGACACCGACUGUGACGGUGACGAGGACAUGUAAGAGUAGUUGUGAGGGCGGGUGUGCAACGCAGUGGGUUACUGCCACGGCUACACCUUGGGAGGCGUGAGGAUGAGGAAGGGGAAAGAGGGGGAGGGGUUGGUGUGUUGAGAGGGUCUUGUAAAAAGUCUUGGUGGGAUGGAAAAGUGUGUUUGCUGAAAAAUGACACGAGUAGGAUGGAGGA